CAAGAAAAUGGGAAACAGUCAGUUCUAUAUAAACGUUUUCUUUCUCUCUGGAACAGUCACAGUCUCACAACUCCAAUAUUCAAGCAUCGCUCCUAUCUAUCUCUAGCUCAAUGGACGAAAGAAAUGCAGAAAGAGAAACUAAAGAUUUCAUGAACGUUGAAUCUUUCUCUCAGCUUCCUUUCUUCCGUCGUCCUCCCUCCAAAGAUAAGAACCCUAAACCCAUUCGUCUCUUCGGCAAAGAUUUCACCAUUGGAGAAUACUCCGGUACCACCAGUCAACAAGACCACUCCGAGACCAAACAAAAAGAAGAUGAAGAAGUAGAAGACGACCAAACUGGAGAUAACGGUAAGGACAAUAGCACAAGCAACAACAACAGGAGAUUCGAGUGUCACUAUUGUUUUAGAAACUUCCCUACUUCACAAGCCUUAGGUGGACACCAAAACGCUCACAAAAGAGAACGCCAGCUCGCCAAACGCGGUGCGUCCUCUUAUUUUCACCAUCCCGACACUAAUCUAUAUGGCUACCGUCACUACCCGUCGUGGAGCAGCACAUCUUUACCGGCCGCUAGGUUCUAUGGAGGACACAUUACAGGUCCAGGACCGUCCUCCUCCUAUCACACACGGCCGAUCAAUGGGAGUCCAUUAGGACUAUGGCGUUCAUCUUCCAGCGUUAGAGGCGUUUAUAACCCAAACGCUGUGUUUACUAGUCAUGUCUCUUCUGAUAACUCAAUUUUAUCAUCCUUGGCUGGUUCUCAGCCGCAUCCACCGUUACAAGUGGGUGGCUCCGCAGCUCAGAACCGCAUGUCCUCAUACCGGUACGGUUUGAGUCCUAAUGUGCAAGAUCAUGUGAGUCUUGAUCUUAAUCUUUAACGUCACAGAAAAAAAACUAUAAUAUCUAUUUCACACAUGUUUUAACCAGUUCAUUUGGUAAAAUUUAAGAUUGUUAUGAACUUUUAGAGAAAGAAAUGGUAGGUGUGUGAAUGAGAAAAUGUACGAUGUGUGGGUCUUACGUUAACGUAAUUUAUUUCGUUAACACUU